AGAGCGUAGAGGCAGCAACUCACUUGGCAACUUCCGACCGCCGGCCGACUUCCGUCUCGUCCAACUAUCUAUUGGCCAUGCGCAUGACGCCCGAGUCCGACAUCAAGGUGUACGCCCGCCUCCCGAGCUACAACCCGUUCGUGGGCAUGUUCCACCACGCGCCCAGCGCCGGCAACCGGGGCGCGGCCUACUUCGCCACCGACAUCGUGGGCAUGGCCGAGCUCGAAGAGCGCAAGAAGUUCCGCAACCACCCGCUCGUGGGCACCUUCCACGCGCUCCCGGGCUACUACGACCCGCUCCACGGCCUCAAGCAGUUCCGCGCCUGGGAUCCGCCCACGUCGGCCGAGACAGACGAGCCGACAAGAGGCUCGGCGAGCGACAGCGAUGCGAGCGACGACCUGCGCGCGUCGAUGUUGGAAAUGCGCCCGUCGAUCAACGGCAAGGAGUUUGUAGCCAUCGAUUUGGACGCCGAGACGAACGAAGCGGUCGCGGGCGCCGCGCCGCGCCGCCGGAGGGCACUGCGCGUUGAGGUUCCGAGCAAUGUGUGCUUCCACUACCCGUACCAUGAGGCACCGGCCGCCAUGGUCCACCACCAACGCACGCGCUGCAUGAGCGAUUCGGACACAUACGCGACGGCCGCGCUCUUUGCCGGCGCCAAGCGCAACCUUGAUCAACCCAAGACGCCAGUGAACGAAGCAUCCGAGAUUCCGCGCAAGAAGGCGCACCUCGAGUCGGCGCGCAAGGCCGCGGAGGCCACGGUCGCUGCGGUCACCGCUACGACUGCACCGCCGCCGACGACGACGACCGUGUACACGAACAAGGGUCGCUGCCGCUCCAAUACGGCCAUGGCCCGGUUGCACUCGGACACGGAGAGCCGGACGUCGACGGUCGACGACGACGACGACCUGAGCCUGCCGACGUCGCCGAUCCUGAAGCGCGGGUCGUUCUCCGAAUCGGACUCGCUCAUGGUCAAGUCGCCGACGGCCGCCAAGACGAUGAUGAACCUCCUCGAGCCCAUCGUGAUCCCGUCGCCCAACGAGAUUGUCGACGGCUACGUCUCGACGGGCAAGGGCAUCUACCGCAAGUGCGGGUUCCUCUCCAAGAGCACCUCGGACAAGUUUGACGUCACGAGCCCCCGCCUGUCGAGCACGACGCCGCCCGCGCACCACCACAGUAACCACACGACGACGACGGUGCUCCCGCGGCCCGUGCACCGCCGCCAGCGCAGCUGCCCGCCGCCGGCCGACCCAGUGCCCGAGCAGCACCACAAUACCGAGUAUGUCCAGGGCGCGCCCCGCCUCCCGAGCAACCCGUUCGUGGCCCGUCGUCUCUGCGACGACGAGGAGAACCAGCUCCGGCUCAUGUCGAUCAGCCGCAGCAUUCCUCGCCAGCCCGAUGAUUUGCUCCUGCGCGAGCGGCCCAAGGCGCCGUCGCUCUUCCCUACGCUGACCAUCAACCCGUUUUUCAUUCACGAGAAGGCUGUCACGGAGCACUACGAACUGGUCGGCGAAGACCAGCUCGGCGACGGCUCGUACGCUGUCGUCAAGCCGGCGAUUCGGCGCAACAACGGCGCCGAAGUGGCCAUCAAGCAGAUCCACAAGCGGUUCCUUGUGACCGAAGCCGCGCAGCAGGCCGUGCGCACCGAGGUUGAGAUCCAUUUGCGUCUCCAGCACCGCAACAUUGUCCGUCUUCUCGAGGUGUACGAGACCGAGGCGUUCUUGUACCUUGUGAUGGCCAAGGCCCGCCACGGGACGCUCAAGUCGCUCUUGAACCGCCAGCGCCGGUUCCCGGAGGCGCUGGCCGCCAAGCUCGCCCAUCAGAUCGUGCGUGGCAUUUUCUUUUUGCACGAAUCGGGUGUCGUCCACUGCGACAUCAAGCCCGAGAAUGUGCUUCUCACCGACUCGAAGGCCCCGUCCAACCAAGACUCGAACGACGAAGUGGUGGUUGUUAAGGACGUCAAGGCGUGUGAGCUCCAGGUCGAGAUUUGCGACUUUGGGCUCUCGGUCAAGGUGCCGGACGUGCGCUUCUUCAAGCACACGGGCGACGUGCACAAGGUGCCGUUUACGGGCCUGACGGGCUCGGUCGGCUACAUGGCGCCCGAGCUCUUCGAGUCGCAGCCGUACGGCAAGCCCAUCGACCUCUGGAGCGUCGGCAUCAUGGUCUACGAGAUGCUCACGGGCUUCCAGCCGUUCUACCCGCCGUCGGCCUGCAUGAACGAGCCGGUCGAGUUCCAGCCGCGCGCCUGGAAGAAGUUUAGCCCCGAGGCCAUGGACUUUGUCGUCCACCUCCUCGAGCGCGACCCGACCAAGCGCUUCACGGCCGAACAGGCGCUGACGCACCCGUGGUUUGACACGGCGGUUUUUGCCCAGUAAGUUGUGGACGCAAUUCGCACAUUUGGCGCUCUUAAUUAUUACCCAGCACCCUAUUAUUAAUCACACCGUACCGUUUUCUGCACAA